AUGUCACAAGAAGAUAACCAAAUAACACAACAACCGCAAGAAGGUCUUGCGGGUGAAGGUACAGAAGCUUCGGAAGGAUCUCACAGGAUUUUAAUCAAUGAUCCAUUAUCAACAAAUCGACCAAUCCCGAAACGCCAUUCAUCGGUAAAAAUACGUCGACAUAGACAAGAAGCAAUUAAUAUUACGCAUCCAUUCGGUUUGCGAUUGUGGAAACCUGCAUUGUAUAAGAAGCUACGUACUGUGACACGUAACGCGGAUUCAGCGCUACAUUCUACACCUUCACCAGAUUUAUACCUUAGUUUUGGUAAUAUUCUUUGGGCAAUAUGUUUCGGAUGGUGGUUAGCGUUAACGACAUUUAUUAUAUCAAUUAUCUUUUUGCCGUCAUUUGGAGGAUGGAAAUAUGCAAGGGUAUUUCGAGAAUUAAGUUAUUAUAUAUUUUGGCCAUUUGGUAAAUUUGUUGAAAAGAUUGAUGAAAACGGUGAAGAACAGAAUGAACAUCAAACCGAUUAUUUUAGUCGACGCGAUUCUCAUGACAUGGAUAUCGAAGAUAAUGAGAACAGACCUUUAUUGGGAAGUCUUUAUAUUAAUUCACGUAGAAAUAGCCAUUCGGAGAAAUUUAAUUUCUUUGAAAAAUUAGAUGAAAUUGGUCUUUCCGGUGUUAUCUUUUAUUUCUGGUUCUUCCUAGUCAUAGAAAUAUUUCCACCAGGGAAAUAUUUUUUUACGACCCCAGUAUUUAUCUUUAUCUUAUCAUUAAUAUCAGUUAUACCUUUAAGUUAUUUUAUUGGUAUGGCUGUGGCUUCUAUUUCAGCUCAAUCAUCCAUUGGCUUGGGAGCUGUCAUUAAUGCUACUUUUGGAAGCAUAAUUGAAAUUCUUUUAUACGCAAUCGCUUUAUAUAAAGGACAAGGUAAAUUGAUGGAAGGUAGUAUCAUUGGAAGUUUCAUGGCUGGCGUUCUAUUAAUGCCUGGCGUUAGUAUGAUUAGCGGUGGUCUAAAAAGAAAGGAGCAAAAGUUUAAUGCUAAAAGCGCAGGUGUUACAUCAACUAUGCUGAUUAUGGCUAUCAUUGGUACACUUACUCCAACCUUGUUCUUUCAGACAUAUGCUCCUAUUUGUACACACUCCGUGGUUGAACCUACCGAAACUCCUCUAUACAAAGAACGCGUCAAACCAUUAAUGUUUUUUUGUGCUAUAAUUCUCGUAUUGUCAUAUUUAAUUGGAUUGUGGUUUACAUUACGCACACAUGCAGCAUUGGUUUAUCAAACACACGCAACAAAUCCGCAAUCCAUUUAUCAACAAAAUAGCUUACAAAAUGCAGCAUCACAACAUAUUAGUUUUAUUAGACAUCCUAAUGAACCUGAAGAAGAAGAAGAAGUUGGUGGUCAUGAUUCUCCUAAUUGGAGUAAAUUUAAAAGUGGAAUUGUACUUUUAAGUUGUACUGCUUUUUAUUCUUUAAUUGCAGUAUUAGAUAAUGUUUCCAUAACAGAAAAGAUGUUGGGGUUAACUUUAUUUGCUUUAGUACCAAACGUAACUGAAUUUCUUAAUGCAAUGUCAUUUGCUUUGUAUGGAAACAUUGCUCUUAGUAUGGAAAUAGGAUCAGCUUAUGCGAUACAAGUAUGCCUUCUACAAAUUCCAGCUAUGGUAGCAAUUUCUGCUUGGCUUAAUCAAGAUAAAUCUGAUGAACAACAAAGAGGUCACACAUUCACAUUGGUAUUUCCUAGAUGGGAUGUAUUUUCUGUGGUUUUUUCAGUAUUUUUAUUAACUUACACAUAUAUAGAAGGAAAGUCUAAUUAUUUCAAAGGAUCUAUAUUAAUUUUGUCAUAUUUAGUAUUAAUGGCUGGAUUUUUCUAUGCUCCUGAUUCUGAUUAUGAUAGUUAUAAUAUAUAA